ACCCCCCCCAAGGGGCAACAAGGCUGGGGGGGGUCAGCGCCACCUGCCUCCACCCGGGGGGGAGAGCCCAAAACAACCUUUAUUUAUUUUUUUUUUUAAUUACCCAAUUUUAAGGCCCGUGCCAGUUUGGGACCCCUCCUGGUUUUAGAUGCUGGGGUGAAGGGGGCAUCCAUGGGUGCUGCUGUUGGCGGGGAUGUGGGGAGUGUGAUAUUAAAAAAAAAUAAAAUAAAUAAACAUGGGAAAAAAAAAAAAGAUCGCGAUGGGGGGGGGCCGUGGGUGCGUGCCAAGGGAGGAGGGCAGGAGGGAGGGCGCAGGCCAGCCCCGCGGCAGCCGCCCCAGCGCUCGCCGGGACGGCACCCGCCCGCCGACACCCUCACCCCCACCCUGGGGUGCCCCGCUUUUUGGGGCGGGGGGGUGGGGGGUGAAAAAACACAUCCCCCCCUGGUACACACACACAAGCACACACAGAGGACAGGACACCCCGACGUCGGUUGUGGGCCCCCCCACCGGCCAUGGGCAUCCAGGGCAUGGAGCUGUGCGCCGUGGCCGUGGUCAUCCUCCUCUUCAUCGCCGUCCUCAAGCAGUUUGGCAUCCUGGAGCCCAUCUCCGUGGAAGACGGCGGCGAUGCCGAGUUGGAGCUUUCGUCCAUACGGCACCAACCUGAGGGGCUGGAGCAGCUGCUGGCGCAGACCAAGUUCACCAAGAAGGAGCUGCAGUCCCUCUACCGUGGCUUCAAGAACGAGUGUCCCAGCGGCCUUGUGGACGAGGAGACCUUCAAGCUCAUCUACUCGCAGUUCUUCCCCCAAGGCGACGCCAGCACCUAUGCUCACUUCUUAUUUGACGCCUUUGACGCCGACCGUAAUGGGGCUCUCUGCUUCCAGGAUUUUGUCGUUGGCCUCUCCAUCUUGCUGCGGGGGACAGUGCACCAGAAGCUGAAGUGGGCUUUCAACCUCUACGAUAUUAAUAAAGACGGCUACAUCACUAAGGAGGAAAUGCUGGAGAUCAUGAAGUCCAUCUACGACAUGAUGGGGCACUGCACCCACCCCACCCUGAGGGACAGCGCGCCUGCCGAGCACGUGGAGCUGUUCUUCCAGAAGAUGGACAGGAACGGUGACGGUGUGGUGACCUUUGAGGAGUUCCUGGAGACCUGCCAGAAGGACAAGGACAUCAUGAGCUCCAUGCAGAUCUUCGAGAACGUGAUCUAGAACCCAGGACCACCUGCUCGGCCCCGCCAGCGCCUCUGCGAGCGCCCGAGGGGAACUUUUUUUCUACCAUUUCAGUCAAAACAAGAGGUUAGAAGAAAGAAGAAAAUAAUCCACCUGGCUCCUGGCACUCCAGUUACAAGAGAUGAGAAG